AUGGUCGGGGUGACCUGGAAGACCUCUACGUCACCAUCCGUUCAAACAUCCAAAUGCAGCUCGGUGAAGAUGAACACGUUCCAUGAAUCAACAGCAGCAAUUCCUGUCUCGCAUUCAAAAAUACCAGCAUUAAAGCUACCCGUAUUCUGUGGAAGGUACUCAGAAUAUAAAAAUUUCAUCGCAUCAUUCAUGCACGUCAUCGGAAAUGAGUCAACGCUGUCUAAUAUUGAGAAGUUCAACCAUCUCUUCAAUUGUUUACAAGGGCAGGCCUUGGAGACUGUGAAGGCGUUCAAAAUCACCAGCGAGAACUACUCAAAGGCAUUAGACAGAUUAAAGUCCCGUUACGACAAUAGCACGCUCAUCUUCAUGGAAACCAUCAAGUCGUUAUUCGAGCUGCCUUCUGCUGCAAAAGGUGGUGCUUCUCAGUUACAAAGUUUGGUCGACAACGUGUCUGCACUUUAUAGUUCCUUGUUGUCAAUCGGGUCUGAUAAAAACAUUUCGCAUUUACUGCUCAUUCACCUUGUAAUGGACAAGGUUGAUGAAGAAACGCAAAAAAAAUGGAAGGAGUUGUUAGACUUCACAUCGCUACCAUCUUGGGAACAGUGCGCAAAGGUUCUUGAACGACGCUGUCAGUUUUUAGAGUCAGCAUCGGGCUCCCUCUCGUUUGGUGAUUCUGGUAAAUCCAGCAACAAACAGGAAUAA